CCGUAGCGCGGGAGGGAGGCGGCGGCGCUGUGGUCCAUCGGUCCGCCGGUCCGUGGGUCUGCUCGGCCGCCCGGCCCCGCCCUGCCCCCCGGGGCGGCUCGGCUCCAUGGCCCGCGGCGGCGGCGGGAGGCGGCCCGGGGGCCGCGGGGGCCGCUGACCGGGCAGCGGGAGGCGGCGGGGCCGGGCCAUGGGGGACGGAGCCGUCCGCAGCCACGGGAGCCGGGAACCCAGCCCGAGCUGGAGCGGUGCCCCCUGCUGAGCCCCGAGCGCCGGGCCGGCAGCCGGAUGCCCGGGCCCACUGGGCGGGCCGGCGGCCGCCUGCGGGAUGAGCAGACUGCUGGGGGGGACGCUGGAGCGCGUGUGCAAGGCCGUGCUCCUCCUCUGCCUGCUGCACUUUCUUGUGGCCGUCAUCCUCUACUUUGACGUCUACGCCCAGCACCUGGCCUUCUUCAGCCGCUUCAGUGCCCGCGGCCCUGCCCGGGCCCUCCACCCAGCUGCCAGCAGCAGCACCAACUUCUCUCGGCCCAACGCCACCGCCCCCAGCUCGGGGCUCCCCGAGGCUCCCAGCGCCCGGCCCGGCCCCACGGCUCCUGUCCUGCCUCCCUGUCCUGACUCGCCGCCAGGCCUUGUGGGCCGACUGCUGAUUGAGUUCACCUCGCCCAUGCCGCUGGAGCGGGUGCAGAGGGAGAACCCGGGCGUGCUCCUGGGCGGCCGCUACGCGCCCCCUGACUGCACGCCGGCCCAGACGGUGGCAGUCAUCAUCCCCUUCCGGCACCGAGAGCACCACCUGCGCUACUGGCUCCACUACCUGCACCCCAUCCUGAGGCGACAGCGGCUGCGCUAUGGCGUCUACGUCAUCAACCAGCACGGCGAGGACACCUUCAACCGGGCCAAGCUGCUCAACGUAGGUUUCCUGGAGGCGCUGAAAGAGGAUGCCACCUAUGACUGCUUCAUCUUCAGCGACGUGGACCUGGUCCCCAUGGAUGACCGCAACCUGUACCGCUGUGGUGACCAGCCCCGCCACUUUGCCAUUGCCAUGGACAAGUUUGGUUUCCGGCUGCCCUAUGCCGGCUACUUCGGAGGUGUAUCAGGCCUGAGUAAAGCCCAGUUUCUGAGAAUCAACGGCUUCCCCAACGAGUACUGGGGCUGGGGUGGCGAGGAUGACGACAUCUUCAACCGGAUCUCCCUGACUGGGAUGAAGAUCUCGCGCCCAGACAUCCGCAUAGGCCGCUACCGCAUGAUCAAGCACGACCGGGACAAGCAUAACGAGCCCAACCCGCAGAGGUUUACCAAGAUUCAAAACACGAAGCUGACCAUGAAGCGGGAUGGCAUCGGGUCAGUGCGGUACCAGGUCUUGGAGGUGUCUCGGCAACCACUCUUCACCAAUAUCACAGUGGACAUUGGGCGGCCCCCGUCAUGGCCCCCCCGGGGCUGAUACUAACGGACAAAGGCUCCCAGGGCCAAGGAUUGCCUGCCAGAGGACUGACCUCGAUAGCCUGGCUGGCGGCUAUUCUGUGGGACCCCCCAGGACUGAGACUGUGGGCUCUGUUUUUGGAGGGUCUUCCAUAGGCACCCCCAGCUGCACCUGGAAGUUUCAGAACCUACUUUGGGGGACUUCCAACCUGGGCAAGCCCCUCCAGUGUGGCCCUCUCUGGGGUCAACCCUUCUUCCUGCCCCUCCCUCCCCAGCCCAGCCUUCCCUCACUGUCAGGGUCGGGCCAGCCCCUGCACUGCCUCACCGAGUGGCCUGGGCUAGGUCACUCCACCUCUCUGUGCCUCAGUUUCUCCCCCCUUGAGUCCCCUAGGGCCUGGAAGAAUGGGAGGUACAACUAGGGGGCAGUGUAGCUUCCAGGGGGAAUUCUCAGACCUGGGGAUCCCCCAUGCUCCCAGGGGAGGGGAAACCUUUUUCAUUCAACAUUGUAGGGGCAAACUCUGGUGCGCCCCCUGCUGAGGAGCAGCCCCAGGAGGGGACCAGAGGGGGUGCUGUGUCGCUGCCUGGGAUCUUGAGGUUGGGCUUUUGCAUGGGGGGCGGGUGGGGCUUAGAUCAGUCAAUCUGGUUCCCGCCUCCCUGUCUCAGAGAGAAGGCAGUAGCCCCAGGGCCGGCUCGUUGUUUGUACAUUGCACAGAAACUUGUGUGGGUGCUUUAGUAAAAAACGUGAAUGGAGCA